CUGCCACCAGAUCGAGGGGUAGGUAGGUACUCGCUUCGGAACUGGCAAAAAAGAGGAAAAGGAAAAGAAAACAGGAACUACUUACUACGAGCAAAAGAAAUGGCAACCGUUCCGCCCUCAGGCCGCCCCCGCCUGGAAAUACCCAUCUUUGGAGCAGAUUCGGGACAGGUAGCGGCGUCGCUCGGUGCCCUGCGUCUCGAGCUCAAUCGCGCCGGCUCCUAUGCUGUUGGUGGGACAACGCCCACGCUGGCCGAGCUCGCGGCCCUCGUCGCCAGCAUCCCCAGCCGCCAAAGCCAUGGCAGCGACGACGACGACGACGACAUUACCGUCCGCGUCAUGAUCCGGCCCCGGGGGGCGCCGCCGCCAGACCAUCAGACACACCAGCAGCAGCCAGACUUUGUGUACUCGGCUGCCGAGUUCGCCACGAUGCGCGCGGGCAUCCUGCGCUUCGCCGAGUCCGGGCUGCUGCGGCCCGAGCGCGGCGACGGGUUCGUAUUUGGCGUGCUCCAGCCGCGGACCACCUGUAGCAGCUGUGAGGGCGAGGUCGUCGGCGUCGAGGUCGACGUCAAGCGCAACGCCGAGCUGGUCCGUCUGGCCCAGCCGUUCAAGUGCGUCUUCCACCGGGCGUUUGAUGACGCCGUGGGGGCUGGUGUUGAUGAUGGCGAGCGUCGCCGUGCCGCGGCUCCGGCAGGAGAAACAGGGUCAUCCGGCAGGGAUGAAGAAGAAGAGGAGGAGGCUGUUGCACUCGCGGCUGUGCGGGCGUGCGGGUUCGACGGGAUCCUGACGUCGGGAGGCCUCGGGAACGCCCUGGCUAAUGUUGGGCGGCUGGCUCGCAUUGCCAUGGCGGUGGCGGCGGAGGGCGACGUUGAGAUUAUUGCUGGAGGCGGAGUUCGGAGCGGGAAUGUCGGGGUGCUGGGUGCUGGUCUCUUCGCAGCGGCCGGCUCUAGUGUUUCUGCUGCUGCCGCUACCGCUGCUGAGGACGGCGUCUGGUUUCAUUCUUCGUGCCUUACUGCCGGAGAGGAUGGGGCGGAGAUGUUUGACGUCGACGAGGCGAGCGCUUUGGUCCGGGAGCUGCGGUCUCUCGACGUGCGGCCUAGGAAAUAGGGGGCGCCUUGGAACUGGAAGACGGGGUAACGACUGGCUGAGGGAUCAAAGGGCCUCUUUUCUGAUGCCC